CCAGAGCCACGAGCCCGCCCGCGCCUGCGCCGCCUCCCCUCUCCUUCCUUCUCUCUCCCAUUCAAAUUUGCAUAGCGUUGAUUCCACGCCCCGAGACUCCAUAUCUACCGACGCAUCUCCCCAUCUCAGAACGCUCAAUCCAAACGCGAGCCGCAACCCUAACCCUAGCAACCGAGGCUGAUGGCGCGCCCGAGGGGUAAGAAGCGCACAGCGACCCAGGCUGCCGCCACUGGUUCGGUCGAGCCGGAGGCCGCCGCCGGUGCUCCGAGCAAGCCGGAGGCGUCGGCGGCGACGGAGCCGGCAACUCGGGGGCGGGGGAAACGCGUCAAGGCGCCGCCCAGGCCCAAGCCCGAGCCGGAGUACUUCCCCGAGAAAAGAAACCUGGAGGAUCUAUGGUUAUCUGCUUUCCCUGUUGGCACUGAGUGGGAACACAUCGAUAAGGUAAAAGAGUUCAACUGGAGCUUCGAAAAUUUAGAGAAAGCCUUAGAAGAAGCGGGAGAGCUUCAUGGAAAGACAGUUUAUAUGUUUGGAAGCACCGAGCCCCAGCUAUUGGAUGUCAAUGGCGAAUCAAAGAUGGUGUUUAUCCCAGUUGUAGUUGCUGUAGACUGUCCUUUACCUCCUUCAGAUAAAAUUGGGAUAAACUCUGUCCAAAGGGAAAAUGAGGAAAUAGUGCCAAUGAAGGCUAUGAAGAUGGCAUGGGUGCCUUAUGUUCCCCUUGAGGACCGGCUUAGCAGGAUUGACAGUUUGAAAACAAAAAUAUUCACUCUCACAUGCACGCAGCGAAGGUCUGCACUGAAGCAUCUCAAAAUUGAGAGAGUCAAGAAGUUUGACUACUGCAUGCCUUAUUAUAUGCCACUGCAACCUCUUGAAGACGAAAAUGACACAGUUAUCAAUUUCGUAUAUCCUCUAGAACCCCCGAUAGUAGAUGAGUUUGACUGGGAAAUGGAUGAUUACAAGGGUUUUGCAGAUCAGAAAGUUGAAGAAGGUUGGCUGCCAGAGGGUGAGAAAGAAAAAUUCAAGGAGUUCCUGAAGGAGAAGGUUAGAGAAAGGAAGAGAGAACUGAAACAGGCUAAAGAAGCCAGGAAGAAAGCUAUUGAUGACAUGGAUCCUAAGAUGAAAGAGGCAUUCGAGAAUAUCAAAUUUUACAAAUUUUAUCCUGUGAAAACCCCAGACACGCCUGAUGUAAACAAGGAAAAGGCUAGGUACAUCAACAGAUACUACAUGCAUGCCCAUUAUGUGAUGUGAUGACUUUCCUGAUCUCACAUGCUCAGAUAUCAUGGAAUGUGGGAGGUAGCUGCUAAUGGAGAUUGACAGCCUCAGAGAAGGAUUUGAUUGAGUUGCUGAAAAACGUUUGUUAUCUUCUGCUAAAGCUCUGGAAGCUGUUGAUCAAAUAGUGAAUGAAGUUGAGCAGGCUAUUGUGAAGCUGCAGUUGAUGAAUACAAAUUCUACUGGAAAUGUUGACCACCCAUCCAACCUUGCAGAACUGAAAGCUAAGCUGAAUAAAGGAGCUCAAUGCUGCCCUGAGCAAAAUAUUUCAAGCUCCUUGAGAAGUCUUCCAAUCCAGAUAUAUCUAAGGCAUACAGAAAUGUGGAUUGUGAGGUUCAUACAGUAAACAAUAUCAUAGCGAAUCAUUUCUACCGCCAAGGCCUCUUUGAUCUUGGUGACAUGUUCGUCCAUGAAUGUGGGGAAUUAGGUGGAGCUUCCUUGAAGCUACCAUUUCAGGAGAUGUACUAUCCUUGAAGCCAUGAAAGCGUAAAACCUUGAGCCUGCCCUUUUUUGGGCUGCCAAAAACCAUGACCAGCUGUUGCAGAAUGUGUCUAUGCUGGAGUUCAAGCUUUAUCAGCUUCAGUUUGUUGAGAUACUGUCCAAAGGAAGUAGGGGUGAGGCCAAAGAUGAGGCUCUUUUAUAUUCUAGGAUAGGACUCACUUUGGUCCCCUUGGCAGCCGUGCACAAGGAAGAAUUCCAGAAGCUAAUGGCUUGCCUUCUAUGGGUUGGCCGGCUGGAUCAAUCCCCAUAUUCUGAGUGUCAUCCACGCAUGCGGAGAAGCUAGCUGAGUAGCAGCUCACCUAUCUGUUCGCUUGGGCUUGGGCUUAUCAGCCAAAUCUGUUAGCCAUUCAGUAGUGUUUUUCUCUCACAAUAAAUCAGCCAACAGUACUAUCUGUAGCCUUCUGGGCCAGUCUAGGGAGAGCCCAGUGAGUGUUGCAGUAUCAGCUGGUUUUCAAGGACUACCAACUCUGCUGAAGUCAUGGCUGCGAAGAAGCAGGAGUGGCAAGUUAUGAAGCAGCUCCCUGUCCCCAUAGACAUCGAGACAGAAUUCCAGUAUCAGUCUUCGUGUGCCCGGUGCUCAGGGGGCAAGUCCAGUGACGAGAACCCCAAAUGUGGAUACCUUGUGGACAUGUCUCCAAGCAGUCCAUCAUGAAGCUGUCGAAAAGCAGCUCGAGGCUCUUCAAGUGCCCCUACUGCCCCUCGGAGGCUGUGGCGUCGCAUUGCAAGCAGCUGCAUUUCUAGAUGUUGGUACAUGCUUGACCUCCUGUUCCUUGUUGCACGAGUCCAAUAGCUUAUGUGUGUCUGUAAUAUAAACAUGGUUUCGUCUGUAUUACUAAUCUGUACAGUGUUGCUCAAGUCUCUUCUGGAGAUUCAAGGAAUUUGAAA